UUUUUCAGAGAUGUCCGAGGAAGAAGCAAGGAGGCUUUCUCUAUCCGCACAGGAAGAAGAAUCCUCGGAAAGACAGCAACAAACAUCACCAACCGACCAUGGCAGAGUUUCGCAUGAAGAAGCGGACUCGGGAGAAGAAUCCAGCAGCAGGGCACCCAACUUCACAGAUGAAGAAACGGACACCCUAAUCAAUCAAGUUGUUCAUCACUCCUUUCAACUUUUCGGAUCGCCGGCAAGAAAUGUUCAUCACCGAUUCAAGGGAACGACGUGGAAUGAAAUCUCUGAAUCAGUUUCUUUGGGAGGUGGGUUCAAGCGAAGCAACGAAAGUUGCAAGAAAAGGUUACGCGACUGUAGAAGAUCCGUCAAUCUCAAGAUCCAAAAAGGGCAAAAAUUACACAAGGAUUGGGAAAAGAAGAUGGAGAACUACUUCGUACUUGUGCAGGAAGAAAUGGCAGGAACCAGUGCAGAAGGAGCCACAAAAUAUUCUACGCCAACAAAACAUAGCACGCCACAAACGGAAACAACGCCAAAGAAGAAAACAAAAUCGCAGAAAGAUUCCACAGUUAAGGCAAAGAGAAGAGUUUCUUUUGGAUAUCCGACAACUGGAGGAGGUGCUGAGGAUACCGAAACCCAGAUACAGCAUACAAUAUUGCCGAUUGAUUCAACACUGCAAGCAGCGACACUUCAAGCAGAAUCAGCCCAGAUGCACCCACCCACGGUGCAGGAAGAAACAUCAUCCCAACAGCCACUUCCAGAAGAAAAUUCAUCACAGGGGCACCCACAGACACUGCCAGAAGAGUCCUUUUCACAGAGCUACCCUGCAAUUGGAGACCAUAAUCUUGUUGAAAGAACAGAGCAAAUUCCGGACAUGGAAACUUCAGGCAGUGUACCAGAAGUCCUUGAAUCAAAAACACCGGAAACUACGCCAGGAGAGUCAUCACUCAAUCUAAUACUGGAAGCUUUAAAGAACAUGGACCAAUGUAGAGCUGAAGAAAGCCAAAGGAUUAAUAAUCGUUUGGACAACAUUGUUAUGCACACCAGUGCCUGCAGGAAAAUUGGAACAGGCCUUCAAAGCAUGCUACUGUGGCAACAACAGUGCAACCUAAACACAAGCAUGAUUUCAACAAGCCUGCAGCUGAUGACAGACGAAGGAAGAAGAUUGCACAGCGCACAACCACAGCAGGCAGAACGAAGUUCGGAAGACACAACACCAUCAAACAGAACAUCAAUUGAUCAAGAAAUGUAUGCUCAAGAAGAGAGAGGAGAUCUGGCUUACCAAAGAGCAUUGUCAGUUUUGAGACUGCAGCGUCAAAGGUCAGAAGAAUUGGAGCAGUCCAUAAUACAGCAAGAGAUGUGGAACAGAGCACAGCAGGAGAUGUUGGAACAAGCACAGACGGUUAUGUGGAACAGAGCACAGGAGGAGCAUGCCCGAGCCCAGGAGGAACAUGCCCGAGCCCAGGAGGAACAUGCCCGAGCCCAGGAGGAGCAUGCCCGAGCCCAGGAUGAGCAUGCCACAGCACCGGAGGAGCAUGCCACAGCACCGGAGGAGCAUGCCACAGCCCCGGAGGAGCCGUCAGGAGCCCAGGAGGAGCCGUCCACAACACAUACCGACAACUGGCAAGACCUAAUCGGAGAAGGGUCCAGUCCGAGAAGACAACAGAAUAAUGAUGCAGGCAUAGAGCUACCAAGCAUCAAAAUGGUCAAAUGCUGUAUUUGCAGAAAACUAAGUUGUGAAAAGUUGAGAACGUCCAUGAUGGAAGAACCGAAGAAUUUGGAACUAAAAGAUCAUUGCGGCACAGAAGCCUUCUACAGUCAAAACCAAAAACAUCAACCCUAA